AUGAGUGGUUAUCGCAGGACUACAUUGUUUGUAGCUGGUUUUGGUUCUACCUUGCGCGCUCGCGAUUUGGCUUAUGAAUUUGAAAGAUAUGGACGUUUGAUUCGUUGUGACAUCCCAGCCCCAAGGAGUUAUCAAUCCAAGCCGUAUGCUUUUGUUGAAUUUGAAGACGAAAGGGAUGCUGAAGAUGCCUAUUAUGAAAUGCAUGGACGUAGGAUUUAUGGGCAUGCUUUGAAUAUCCAAUGGGCUAAGAAUGCACCAUCCAGAUCUUGGAGUAGAUCUCCUCGCUCUGAUGCUCGCCGUGGUGUAAGUCGUUCUCGAUCUAGGUCUGCUGAUCGAGAUCGUAAUACCGUUGAAGAACGUGGUAUUGAUGAAAGAAGGUCUAGGUCAAUAUCUCCUGUCAGAGGGAUUAAGCGUGAAUCUCGCUCACCUUCUCGUCCUCGCGAAGAAACCAGGGAAAGGAUAGAGAGAUCUUCUCCUAGAGAUAGAUCUAGAGAUAGGUCCCCAAGAGAUAGAUCCCCAAGAGAAAGGUCUGCAUCUCCAAGUGGUCGUCCAGGGUCUCAUUCCUCUUCAAGAUCUCCACGCCACUCCCAAUCCCGAUCACCACAGCCGCGUGAUUAA